AUGUGUUCCAAAUGCAGUCAGGAUGCCAGGGCCGCUUCCUCGCGAAGGGGAGUUAACUCGGGCUGCGCCGCCUGGCGCGAGCGGCUCGAGCAGCCCCGCGGCUCCCCUCGAGCUGCCCAGGCCCUGUACAGCUCCAUGGACUUUGGAAGAAAAUGGCAGCUCAUGCAGGAGCGCGUCACUCCAAACAGGUUUUACUGGUCGGUGACGGGUUUGGAUAAAGAGCCUGACCUUGUGCACAUGGAAGCCCGGACAGCUGAUGGACGCACCCACUAUUUAACCUGUCGGAUCCAGGAGUGUUCAGAGACCAAAAGGAUCGGGCCUUUCUCACGCUCCAUUGACAUCAGCUCGCUUGUUGUCCAGGAUGAAUAUAUCUUCACCCAG